CCUCAGUGUUAUCUGCUGGCUGCGAAAGACGGAAUAAGAAAACCUGCAGCGUCCCUCGCCGGAGAGCAGGCCUCGCAUGCAUAAUGCCAACAUCGCCCCACUGUACCCUGCCACUUUGCUCUAAACUCCUCAGCUGUAGCCUUGCGUAGCGAGCAACGAACACCUCUCGUCGUCGCCUGCUACCCCACUCUACACUGUCCGACUCAGAACUCAAAUCGUGUGCAACCACCAUGCAGACCCUAAUCUGAGUGUCUUUGAUCUCGUCGCAUAAGAUCUCUUUCUUCUAAUCUUCCGCAUUCCAUUUUUUCCUUCCAGCUGUACUUCGUUUUCUUCUCUGGUUUACCGUUAUUUUUCAUUCCAACCUGUUUCACAGCAAUGAUGGUGCUCGUCAGACCCCUCUGGGAUUUUAAUAUGUGGAUAAUCCGUGAAUCAUGAACCUUUACUUAGAGGAGAAAUAUGCUUUCAAAUCAGUGUUGAUUGCUGGGAUUUGAGCGCGGCCAAUCUGUGAGUCUACUGUGCUCCAAUUGAGCGCUCUAACACUGGGCAGAGCCCCUAAUUUCAGCCAGAGUGCUAUUAUUAAAGUGCUUUCCUGAACACUCCACCAAACACAAACUAAAUCCAUUCCAAGGACCAACUUUCCUGUUGUUUAUUGUGUUGUUGUAAUAGUACAUUAUUGAAGAUGAGCUUCAUAAAGUCAGCCAUAAAUCGCAGGAGAAAAACUUCCAAUGGCGGCACUCCUGCCGAAGCAGAUUCCAAACCCAAGUCCUCUCAGGGGGCCCAGUCUUCCCAGACCCAGUCCUCACUCAGCGAAGAGAGAGAGGAGGAGAUCUCCCCCACCCCUCCGGUAUCCCAGCCCAAGACCCGCCGUCGCCGCGGUGCCUUUAGCGCCGAACCAUACACAGAGGAGGAUGCAACUUCCUACGUCAAAAAGGUGAUUCCCAAAGAUUACAAGACUAUGGCCGCUCUCUCCAAAGCCAUCUCUAAGAACGUUUUAUUCUCCCACCUGGAUGAAUCAGAGAGGAGUGACAUAUUUGAUGCCAUGUACCCAGUCAAGCACGAUGCUAACCAGGUCGUCAUACAGCAAGGUGAUGAAGGCGAUAACUUCUAUGUCAUUGACUCCGGAGAAGUUGACAUCUAUGUGGACAAUGAGCGUGUCGUCACCCUGAGUGAGGGCAGCAGCUUUGGAGAGCUGGCUCUCAUCUACGGCACCCCAAGAGCUGCUACAGUCAAGGCUAAGACUGAUAUGAAGCUGUGGGGAAUUGACAGGGACAGCUACAGACGAAUUCUCAUGGGAAGCCAAGUACGCAAGAGGAAGAUGUACGAGGAAUUCCUCACUAAGGUUUCCAUCCUUGAAAACCUCGACAUUUGGGAGAACUUGACAAUAGCCGAUGCUCUCGAGCCAGUCCAGUUCGACGACGGCCAAAAGAUCGUUGUCCAAGGAGAACAAGGAGAUGACUUCUUCAUGAUCAUUGAGGGCCAGGCAGCAGUUCUUCAGCGUCAUGGCAACGACUCGGAAUUGAUUGAAGUUGGCAAGCUAGGACCAUCAGAUUACUUUGGUGAGAUUGCCUUACUGCUAGACCGCCCCCGUGCUGCCACCGUCGUAGCCCGCGGCAACUUGAAGUGCGUCAAACUGGACAGACAACGCUUCGAGCGUGUGCUUGGACCUUGCCAGGAGAUCCUCAAGAGGAAUAUCUCCAGUUACAACAGCUUUGUGCAGCUGUCUGUAUAGAGAUCUCCUCUCUCAACUCAUCCUAUUUCUCUCCAGUCUCCUGUUCUCUCUUUCUAUUGUACUUUCUAUUCCUAUCACCCUCUCUCCCCCAUCCCCCCCCCUCCCCCCUAACACAUGCCAUCAUUCCCCUCCCUCAUUUCCAUUGUUCCCUGUCCGUCUCUUUCCACGACUCUCUCUCACCACUCAUCGCCCUCUCUCUAUCUCUCUCACCACUCAUCGCCCUCUCUCUCUCACCACUCAUCGCCCUCUCUCUCUCAUCCCCUCUCUAUCUCUCUUUCUAUCUUUCUUUCUCUCUCUCUCUCUUCGAGAGGAUGGAUAAAGAUCUGUGUCAUCUAUGUGAUGCUUUAGAACUUAAAAACGAUUGAGAGAGUACCUUAAGAGUUUUACAAUGUUUCUUCAAAGGGCCUCACAAAACCUUUUUUUCACAGGUGGUAUGAGUUGGAAGUUUUUAUGGUCAGUUUGCAUACAGCCCCUGUUCAAAUUUCUAAAUGUAGGGUAGAAAGUUAAAAUUGGGGGGCCUCUGUGGACCUGGCCUCUGUGGACCUGGCCCCUUCGAAUGUCGGGUCCUUCGUAUUGUACAAGCAUUGGUACUAAUGAAGGAGAUGAAGGAAAGAGAGUGUGUUAUAAAAAUAAAUUGCUACAAACUGCAGAGAGAGAGAAAGAGAGAUCAGAGACGAGAGAUAAAUUGGCCAAGUAACACAUUGGUCUCCCCAUCAUAGUGGGAGGGGGAGAGCUAUGGAGCUUUGUUUCUUAUGCUUUGAGUGUGUAGUAUUUCCACUACAAAGUAUCUCAUAACUUUUCUUUGUUACAAAAAUAGAGGGUUAGCGUGUGCACUAUGAAAGUGAACUAGUUGCAAUGAAGUUAGGACGGGAUAUGUCAUUCGCUGUGCAGUUCAAUCAAAACGCUGCUGUUAUGGGAUAUUGCAGACCGAAGGUGAAUUUGAAAGAGAAUAUACUAUGCUGUUUUCUUUGAUAAUUUCCUAAAGAGCAUUUCAACAUAUCUGAAAGCGGUCUAUUUGCAAAGCAGUGAAAAAGAGAGAUGCGGGGAGCAUUUGAAGUUUGUUACUUUUUUAUGAAAUCAUCCAUUAUAACAGCCAGAAAGGCAUUAAUUCACUGUUCAAGCAUAGGAGUUACUGCCCUUCUGGCUCCAAACAGACGAAAAAACACAAUUCCCUUGUAAAUUGUUCAGGUAUUAUA